UCUUUCUCGUAUAAAGGCAGAAGAUAUAAUGAGAGAAGAAGAGACGUAUGUGACUGAUAUGAAGGCAGAAGAUAUAGAGGGAGAAGAAGAGACGUAUGUGACUGAUAUAAAGGCAGAAGAUAUAGAGGGAGAAGAAGAGACGUAUGUGACUGAUAUAAAGGCAGAAGAUAUAGAGGGAGAAGAAGAGACGUAUGUAACUGAUAUAAAGGCAGAAGAUACAGAGGGAGAAGAAGAGACGUAUGUGACUGAUAUAAAGGCAGAAGAUACAGAGGGAGAAGAAGAGACGUAUGUGACUGAUAUGAAGGCAGAAGAUAUAGAGGGAGAAGAAGAGACGUAUGUGACUGAUAUGAAGGCAGAAGAUACAGAGGGAGAAGAAGAGACGUAUGUGACUGAUAUGAAGGCAGAAGAUAUAGAGGGAGAAGAAGAGAUGUAUGUGAAGGGUGAUCAGCAGUGUAAGGAGGAGGAGAUCCCUACAGAUAUCAGCACAGAUGGACACACAAGCAGGAAUAUCUCAGAAGGACAUCUAAUGUUAUCCCCGGGUUGUGACAUAAAAGAUAAUGACAGUAGACAGGAUUCUCCAGGAGAUAAUCCCAUUACCCCAAUUAUACAUCCAGCUCUAUCAGCUGGUCCCCCUGAUCCUGGGAAAUGUUCUCCUGAUCACUCUGAUAUUGGUGCAUCUGAUACAGCUCUGAGAGUAGAUACAGUGUUUCCCUGUUCUAUAGAUGCCAAAUGUUUUACACAGAACACAAAGCUUAUUAUCCAUCAGCCAGCUAAGGCAGGUGAGAGGUCAUUUCCAUGUUCUGAGUGUGGGAAAUGUUUUACAUGCAAAUCAGCUCUUGUUACACAUCAGAGAAGACACACAGGUGAGAGGCCAUUUCCAUGCUCUGAGUGUGGGAAAUGUUUUACCUGGAAAUCACAACUUGUUACACAUCAGCGAAGUCACACAGGUGAGAAGUCAUUUCCAUGUUCUGAGUGUGGGAAAUGUUUUGCACACUAAUCAGAUCUUAUUAGACAUAACAGAAGUCACACAGGUGAGAGGCCAUUUUCUUGCACUGAAUGUGGGAAAUGUUUUACACAGAAAUCACAACUUGUUACACAUCAGCGAAGUCAUACAGGUCAGAUUCUAUUUCCAUGUUCUGAGUGUGAGAAAUGUUUUGCACACAAAUCAGUUCUUGUUAAACAUCAGAGAAG